CAGGAAGUGAAAUUCUAAGCGGCAAUCGGUAUUAAGUUGAAGACCAAUAUUAAUUUGAUAUCGAUAUCUUCCAAACGAUGUAUCGCUUGUUACAACGAGCUAUCGGCCUCCUCUAGAACCUAUUGCGCUAUAUUCAAUAAGUUUCGCGUUGAAAUUGUGCUGCAGCAGCACUCGGUGAAAUUGGCCCAGCAAACAGCGCCUUAAUAAAGCUAAUAUUCAUAAACCGUCACUGGUGGCCGCGCUCACAUACACAGAAACAAUCACACUACACACACAUUUAUUCAAACGGUAUGUGUUUGUAUGCGCACUCAAAGAGAAUUGAACUCUAGUUGUGGGUAAACAAUUGUUCCUCAUUCAUGUGACUGUCUCCGAGAGCGUCGAUUGUAAAUCGUUUUCCCAAAGCACACUUUGUGGUUAAAAUCAAUGGAACUGCUGUGAACGACAGCGUCUAUUAUUACGAGCUAGUAGCACCACAACCACUGCGACAUAGUGCGCCUAUCGAUAUUGAGCUGCAGGAACACAGGCAGCAUGAUAUAGUGGACAUGGUCCGAUUCGAUAAAGGCAAACUUAUGGCUAAGGCAUCCAAUCUGACCUCCAUUAGCUGGGCGCAUGCCGUCAACAGUCAGCAACUGCUGGAUGAGGCGCUUGGCGGUGACAUUGAAAUGAUUGAGGCUGACAUUGUUCUCGGCCAGCUGAAUGGCGAGGGCCCCGUAUUACCGGUUAUGGCACACCCACCUGCAACCGUUUCGGAUUUGACCCUAGAGGAGUUUCUGUAUCAAAUUAAGGACUACAACGAGGGCCAUGAGGGCGCCGAGAAGGGCGUAAAAUUGGACUUUAAGUCUAUUGAAGUAUUUGAGGGGUCGCUCGAUAUACUGGAUGAGAGCAUUCCAAAGAUGACCUAUCCUAUUUGGAUAAACGCGGAUAUUAUCAGUGGCCCAGUGGAGCAAAACAGCUCAGUGCCCGUGGAUCCGUCACGUUUUUUUGCCGGCUGUAUGCGCUACAAGCAGGCCGUCUUGUCCAUUGGCUGGACGACCAGAUGGAGCGCCGAUUACCGGGAGGGCGAGUACACUCAGACUCAGUGCGAUGCAAUGCUACAGGCUAUCAACGACAACAAUGUGACCUCCACCGGGCAGGUCAUCACCUUUCCAGUGCGUGCCGGCAUCGCAGCCAAUAGCGGACCGCAGCUGCACGCUCUGGUGGCAGCUGUAAAUGACACCAAUGAGAGCACGUUAACCAUUUGGUCGUCAGAAAACGAUUACGUAAAUGUGGCAGAGCUGCGAAAGCUAAUCUUCAGUUUCGGCUUGGAUCGUGUCUAUUUGGACGUACCAGAGGAGCUGUCCUCGCAACUAGAUUUGCACAAGCCAGGUAACGGUGCUGGCACCUUCAACUCCCUGGUCAGCUUCAGCUUCGUUAGCCUCUGCUUCUGGGCCUUCUCCAGCUGGUUGAAAAGCGUAUAGACGAACGCAUGGGAAUUUCGUAUUAUUUCUGUUUUUUUUUUUGUUUAAUUCCUUUUUAUUUUCUUGAUUUCUUUUAAAUGUUAUUAAUGAAUUAUUCACUGCAGAGUGCUCUAUGAAUAUGCCUUUAAGCUUUGUAUAUCACUUCAUUUGCGUUUUAUAAAAAUCUUAUAUAUCGCUUUACAAGAAAAAUAAUAAUUAUGCAUUAAAUUUAAAUAUGUAUAAUAGAAUAUAUAAAAAUACUUUGGACGUGCGCAGUUUUAAUUUUAACAGGGGGAUUGAUAGCUUUAGAC